AUGGAUUUUAUAAAACACCUAAGUGACAAUGACAAGAUCCGUAAUAUAUGUAUUUUGGCCCAUGUAGAUCAUGGCAAAACAACAUUAGUUGAUAAUUUAAUCAGUUCAAAUAAAAUAAUAAGUGAGAAAAAUAUUGGAAAAAUAAAAUACUUGGAUAGUAGGGAAGAUGAACAGAAACGUCAAAUAACAAUGAAAAGUUCAAGUAUUCUUUUAAAGCAUAUUUAUAAUAAAUAUUAUGUAAAGGAUAUGUUUAUUGAAAAUAAGGAUAAGAAUGAAAAGAAUAAUAAAUUAAACAAUAAUAAUAAUGGUAUGAUUAAUGAGCAAAAUGUUGAAGGAAAUAUGGAUAACACAAAAAAUUGUGAUAACACAAAAAUUUGUGAUAACACAAAAAAUUGUGAUAACACAAAAAAUUUUGAUAACACAAAAAAUUGUGAUAACACAAAAAAUUUUGAUAACACAAAAAAUUGUAAUAAUAUUGAAAGCGGAAAAAAUAUAACAAAAGGGGAGGAAAAUAAUAUAGAUACUUUUUCAAUAAAUAUAAUUGACACACCUGGACAUGUAGAUUUUUCAUCUGAAGUAUCUACAUGUAUCCGUAUAUGUGAUGGUGCUUUAAUAUUAGUAGAUUGUAUUGAAGGAUUAUGUAGUCAAACAAAGAUUGUAUUAAGACAAAGUUGGAAAGAAAUGAUUAAAACUAUUUUAGUUAUAAAUAAAAUUGAUAAAUUAAUUACUAAUCAAAAUAUGGAUAGUAUAAAUGCUUAUGAACAUAUAAAUAAUAUUAUUGAACAAGUAAAUGCUUAUAUUUUUCAAUUAUAUAUUGAAGACAAUAUGGAUAAUGAAAAUGUUGAAACAAAAAAUGAAUUAGAAAAAUAUUCUUAUUCCCCUUUAAAAGGAAAUGUUUUAUUAUGUAGUAGUAUACAUUGUUGGUGUAUAGAUAUGAAUAUUUUUUGUUAUUCGUUUUGUAAAAAAAUGAAUAUCGACACUUCUAAUUCUUAUAAAAUCAAAAAAUAUAUGUGGAAUCAAUAUUAUUUUAAUGUGAAAGAAAAAAAAAUAUUAAAAAUACCUAAUGAAACAUAUACAAAGAAUAACAAUAAUAAUAUAAAUAUAAAUAAUAAUAAUAAUAAUUAUUAUAAUUGUACUAAUGAUAAUGAUUAUAAUAAAAUAAAGAAAAAAAAAAAAAAUUUAUUUUCCUUAGUUGUAUUAGAUUUGUUAUGGAAAAUAUAUGAUAUGACCAUUAUAAAUAGAGAUGAUGAACAAAUUAAAAAAUUGUGUAAAGAAUUAAAUAUAUGUGAUUCAUUUAUAAAUAAGAAUCAACAAAAUAAUUUAGAAAAUAAUACAUAUAUAUUAACUUAUAUUAUGUCACGUUUUUUAAAUUUAUCUAGAUCUAUAUUUAAUGCAUGUAUUGAAAUAUUUCCAUCUCCAAAAAAUAUUGAUGAAAAUAGACUUUUUAAAAUAUAUCCAUCAUUAUAUAAUGAUGAAAUAUAUAAACAUAUUAUAAAAUGUUCUACUGAGAAUUUUACGAUUAUUUAUAUAUCCAAAUAUAUAUGUGCAAAUUUACAAAAUAAUACUUUAGUUGGAUUUAAAGGAUUCUAUGAUAAAAAUACUUUUCUAUCCAUUUGUAGAAUAUAUUCAGGAGUGUUAUAUGAAAAUAUGAUAUUAUAUAUAUGUGGUAAAUCUAUUAGAACUAUAAUAAAAAAACUUUUUAUAUGUAUGGGUGGAGAUUUAAUACCAAUUCGAUAUGCAUAUGCAGGUAAUAUUGUGGCUUUAUAUCUUUCUAUACUGCACGAUGAUGUAAAGAAUAAUGUAGGAGAUAAUUAUUUAGAAAAUGAUGAUAUAAGAUGUGAUAUAAAUAAUAUAAAUGAUAAAAGAGAAGAAAGUGAUUUUAUUCCAAAUGGUUUAGAUAUAAAUUAUAAUAAUAAAAAUUUGUUAUGUAAUAAAAAUAUGGAAUAUUCAAUAAAUAGAAAUAAUAUAAAUAUGGAAUAUAAUAAUGCAUCAGAUUUACAAUAUUUAUCAAAUACGUUAAUGAAUUUAAUAAAAAAUAAACGUAAUAAUAAAAAAGAACAUAAUAUAUUUUUAAUGAAUAAUGAUGGUAUAUUUUUAAAUAAAAAUAUUACCUUGUCAAAUUAUAAAAAUGCAGAUUCAUUUAUAUUACCAUUUACAGAUACAUGUUCUACUAUAUUACAUACGAUAAUUGAACCAACAAAUAUUCAAGAUAUGAAUAAAUUUUUAUAUGGUUUGAUUUUAUUAUAUACAUGUGAUACAUCUAUAGAUAUAGAUUUUAAUGAAAAGGGAGAAUAUAUCCUAAAAUUCUGUGGUGAAAUACAUAUGCAAAAAUGUUUAUCCGAUUUUGUUAAUAUAUAUAGUAAUAUAGAAAUUAAAACAUCAGAUGCAAACAUUUCAAUAAGAGAAGGAAUCCAUGAAAAUUUUAUAAAACUUAAAAGAAAAAAAAAUAAAAUACCUGAUAAUUUAAAAAAUUUAUAUAAUUACUAUUUAAAAGUACAAUCAUCUCAAGGACUCCUUUCAGACUGUUCACAAAAAAAUCAAGAAAAUGAUAUAAAUAAUAAUAUGUUAUAUAAAGAUACUUUAAAAAAUCAAAAUAUAAAUAAUCUUAUGAAUAAUAAUAUUGAUGAUAAUACUGAUAAAAAUAAUGAUGUCAUUUCAGAUGAUUUAUUUAAAAAUGUUCAUAUAAAUAAAGAUAAUCAUUUUUUAAAUAUUUUAUUUAAUUAUAAUAAUAAUACAAUAUGUCAUAAAUUAAAUAAUGAUGCUUUUUAUCUUUUCGUAAGUGUAUUAAAUAUGCCAGAAACUUUAUUAAAUUUCUUUGACAAAAAUUAUUCCAAUAUUCAAACUAUAUUAGAAAACAGAUCUAUAUCUCCACAAUUUUUAAAUUAUAAUAAAAAUGAUUUAUCAUCAACAAAUGAAAAUUUUAUGUAUAAACAAUGUUUAAUUAAUCUAGAAAAAUGUGUAAAUGAAAUAUGUUUUUCAGAGAAAAUAUAUUCUGACAAUAUCACAGAUGAACUUAUAAAGGAAGAUAUUCAAGAGGAAAAUAAAGAUAAUAUGACAAGUAUUAAUGAAAAUAAUGAGAAUACAGAAAAAUUAAAUAUAUUAAAAAAAAAUAAAAAUUAUCACUUGCAAUUAUGGGAUAUAUCUGUACUAAAUGGAAGUAUUACUUUGUUAUAUUUAAAAAAAUAUUAUAAUAAAAAAAAUAAUAACCAAUAUUUACAAGAUAAUAUUUUAACUAAUGAAAAAUAUAGAAAGGUUAUAAAUGAUAGGUCAUUUAUUGAUACCUAUUUAUCUGAUAAUAAUAGUGAUAUAAAUAUAUAUUUGAAUAAUAUAUGUCUUGGUUUUAAAUUGGCUUCCAAAUAUGGUCCCAUAGCACAAGAGCCCAUAAGGGGAACACUUUUUAUUAUUGAGGGACUAAUUAUUGAUGAAGAAUCAAAGGAUGAAAUGUUUGAAGAUAUAAAUAGCAAUGAAGAAAAUACAGAAGAUAAAAUUAAUGCAGGUAAUAUCAUUGCAUUAAUGAAAGAGGCAUGUUUAAAUUCUAUGCAACAAAAUAAAUUAAGAAUAUAUGAACCUAUGUUAAGAUUAAAUUUGACUUGUGAAAGUACUGUAUUAGGAAAAGUCUAUAAUGUAUUAUUAAAAAGAAGAUGUUCUAUUUUAUCAGAAGAAAUAAAAGAUGGUUAUUUCUUAUAUUGUAUUGAUGCCUAUUUGCCUUUAUUCAAUUCUUUCAAAUUAGCAGAAGAAUUAAGAUCAAAGUGUUCUGGAAAUGUUAUUUAUGAUAUUCAAUUUAGUCAUUGGAAUAAAUUAAAUGAAGAUAUAUUUUUAUUAAAUGAUACAUCAACAUUUAUAUAUGAUGAGGAUUUUGAUGUGAAAUUAAUGGAAAAUACAGCAACGGACAUUGUUAACUAUAUUAGGAGAGCAAAG